UAAAUGAUAAAGAGGACUAAGCACUUGCACUAUAAAAAUAAACGGGUCACUCACAGUUUUUUCUAUCAUGAUUUCACUAAAAAAUUCAUCGAUAAUUCAUUUCAACAACAAACAUCGAGCGUAAUUGAAAUCAACAUUGGUAAGAGAAAUACCGACGGAUUCAUCCCUUAGUCUCGGAAGCUGAACACGGCCGGCGUCGUUAAAAUUAUUUAGUUUACAUAUUUUUAAAAAUAAAUACUUACUAGUAAUAUGAAGCAGGAAAUGGAAUGCAAUGCGGAUUUGAUUUGGAGUUUGGUUGUGGAACUGUGUGGUGUGUUUUCCAUGCCUGCGAAGUGUUCGACGAAAUGUCAAUGUGUUUUUCUAGUUAACUGCUUGAUUACUUUACUGAUUCUAUUUUUAUGUGAGUAGUUUCUAGUGAUUUGAAAUUGCUAGUGAAAUAUUUUGCUUCAAGAAUAUCUUUUUGUGCUUUGUCAUAAGCUGAAAAUGAUCAGACCUAUACACUGAGGAGCUGAAAUGAUGGUUUUUUUUUUAUUUGGAAUGUCACACUUGUUAUGUUGUGUUCCAUUAAGUAAAGUGGCCCUUGUAUUUUACAUGACACUCUGUUUGUCACUACAGAGUGAAAGGGACCAGUCACCUGUGAAAUCUAGCAAACGUCGGGAGCUCAUCACCUACGACGUCAUCCAACGUUGGCUAAGGGGAAAUGACGGGAGACAAGCUCGUUUUGAGGGGUCUUCAGUUCCACGGGUUCCACGGGGUGAAGGAAGAAGAGAGGAAGUUGGGUCAAAAGUUUCUGGUCGACGUAGAUGCCUGGAUGGAUCUUCAAUCAGCUGGUGUUUCCGACACCCUCUCGGAUACCAUCAGCUAUACUACUAUAUAUCGCAUAGUUAAAGAAGUAUUGGAAGGAUCCCCUCACAAUCUUCUCGAAUCAGUAACUGAAUCGAUUGCGUCCAAGAUCUUGAGCCAUCAUCCCCGGAUUUCUGCUGUGCGUAUCGUGCUGGGAAAGCCGCACGUGGCUGUGGUCGGCCCGGUUGACUAUUUGGGCGUCGAGAUUAUCAGACGCCGAAACAGCGCUGUGAAGAACUAGAGCCCUUGCCGUUGCUACUGUCAAUUGAAUAUGUAAACCUUUGUUAUGUAUUUCGAUUUUGUUUGCUGCAUUUUCCUUUCCAAAUUUGAUGUUUUAGCAAUCACACUAUUACUAUGCAAAAGACACUGUUUUCAUUUAUCAAAUAUAUCAAAGGGGCUUAAAUUCUUGAA